AUGUUUCAAGAUGAAAUUGAAUCUACAACUAUUUCAACAACAAUUGAAACUUCAAGCAUACAAAUUAGUUUUAAUCAGACUGAUACAACAAUUAAAGAUACGAAUGAUAUAUCUAGUGCUUUAAUCAAUGAUAUAACUAAUUUGAUUGUAACAUCAACGAAUAAACCAUCCCCGUCAUACAUUGUACCAUGUCCUUGUCCGAAUACAACAAAUAUUGGUGUUAAUUGUAAUAUAUCUAGUACUUUAUGUGAUGUACUCAAACCUUGUCAAAACAAUGGAACAUGUAUAAAUAUUCAAUCAAAUAUUCCUAGUUAUUCUUGUUCAUGUCCUUUUGGUUUCACUGGUAUUCAUUGUGAAUUUGAUCAUCGACCUUGUAAACCAAAUACUUGUCUUUAUCAUGGUAUAUGUAAUAACACAUCAAAUUUAACAUUUAAUUGCAUAUGUAAUCAAGGUUGGCAAGGAAUUAAUUGUGAAUCAAUGAUAAAUUUCUGUGAUAAUAUUACAUGUUGGAAUAAUGGUGUUUGUCGACCAUUAUUAUUACAUUAUAAAUGUGAAUGUCUCGGUGAUAGUUAUUCAGGUCGUCAUUGUGAAAUAACUUCAUUAAAAAUUAAGAUUUAUAAAAUUGUUUCAAAAUCAUUUUCUUACGUUGCAAUAAUUGCAAUAUCAUGCGUUGUUAUGUUUGUUAUCAUAAUGGAUAUAUUAAAAUAUUGUUUUGGUAUUGAUCCAACACGUGAAGAUUUAGAAAGAUAUUGA